CGCGCGUGAGAUAGCCGGGUCCCUGCCGCGAUUGGCCGGCCGCGGCGCCCGCUCCCACAAUGCAGCGCAUGGCGCGUCAUUGAAGAGAGACCAUGAUGGCGGCGGCGCUGGGGCCCCCAGAAGUGAUCGCUCAGCUGGAGAACGCGGCCAAAGUUCUGAUGGCACCACCUUCUAUGGUCAAUAAUGAACAACGCCAGCAUGCAGAACAUAUAUUCUUAUCAUUUAGGAAAUCAAAAUCACCUUUUGCAGUUUGCAAGCAUAUCCUGGAAACUAGUAAAGUGGACUAUGUCCUUUUUCAAGCUGCCACAGCAAUAAUGGAAGCAGUUGUUCGAGAAUGGAUUCUUUUAGAAAAAGGUAGCAUCGAGUCACUGCGAACAUUCCUUUUAACCUAUGUCUUACAAAGGCCUAACCUUCAGAAGUAUGUUCGGGAGCAAAUUCUGUUAGCAGUAGCAGUAAUAGUAAAACGAGGAUCAUUAGAUAAAUCAAUUGACUGCAAAAGCAUUUUCCAUGAAGUCAGCCAGUUGAUAAGCAGUGGCAAUCCCACAGUGCAAACUCUGGCGUGUUCCAUUCUAACGGCACUGUUAAGUGAGUUCUCAAGUUCAAGUAAAACAAGCAACAUUGGACUAAGUAUGGAAUUUCAUGGUAACUGCAAAAGAAUUUUUCAGGAAGAAGACCUUCGACAGAUUUUCAUGUUAACUGUUGAAGUGCUGCAAGAGUUUAGCCGACGGGAAAAUCUAAACGCUCAAAUGUCUUCAGUGUUUCAGCGUUAUCUUGCACUAGCAAAUCAGGUUUUAAGUUGGAACUUUCUUCCACCGAAUUUGGGUAGACAUUAUAUAGCUAUGUUUGAAUCCUCACAAAAUGUGAUGCUAAAGCCAACAGAGUCCUGGCGUGAGACCCUCUUGGAUAGCAGAGUUAUGGAUCUUUUCUUUACAGUACAUCGUAAAAUCAGAGAAGAUUCAGAUAUGGCACAAGAUUCACUUCAGUGCUUAGCCCAGUUAGCUUCUCUUCAUGGACCCAUCUUUCCUGAUGAAGGUUCUCAAGUGGAUUACCUGGCACAUUUCAUUGAGGGAUUACUGAAUACCAUUAAUGGAAUUGAAAUAGAAGACUCUGAAGCGGUGGGGAUCUCCAGCAUUAUCAGCAAUUUGAUAACUGUGUUCCCUCGCAAUGUUUUAACUGCCAUUCCAAAUGAACUCUUCUCUUCCUUUGUUAACUGCCUCACACAUCUCACUUGUUCUUUUGGGCGAAGUGCUGCGUUGGAAGAAGUGCUUGAUAAAGAUGAUAUGGUGUACAUGGAAGCAUAUGACAAAUUGUUGGAGUCCUGGUUGACUUUGGUUCAAGAUGACAAACAUUUCCAUAAAGGCUUCUUUACCCAACAUGCAGUUCAGGUCUUUAAUUCCUACAUUCAGUGCCACCUAGCAGCUCCAGAUGGUACAAGGAAUUUGACCGCUAAUGGUGUAGCCUCACGUGAGGAAGAAGAAAUAAGUGAACUUCAGGAAGAUGACCGAGACCAGUUUUCUGACCAACUAGCCAGUGUAGGAAUGCUAGGAAGAAUUGCUGCAGAACACUGUAUACCUCUUCUUACAAGUUUAUUAGAAGAUAGAGUAACAAGACUCCAUGGCCAGUUACAGAGACAUCAACAACAGCUACUUGCCUCACCUGGUUCAGGUGCCAUUGAUAACAAAGUGCUUGAUGAUCUAUAUGAAGAUAUUCACUGGCUUAUUUUAGUUACAGGCUACCUCUUAGCUGAUGAUACUCAGGGAGAGACUCCGUUAAUACCUCCAGAAGUAAUGGAAUAUUCCAUUAAGCAAUCAACUGAAGUUGACAUUAAUACAACACUUCAGAUCUUGGGAUCUCCAGGAGAGAAGGCUUCUUCCAUCCCAGGUUGCAACAGAACAGAUUCUGUAAUUAGGUUAUUGUCUGCCAUACUAAGGGUUUCAGAAGUUGAAUCUCGAGCAAUAAGAGCAAAUCUAACACAUCUACUUAGUCCACAAAUGGGAAAAGAUAUUGUUUGGUUUCUGAAACGAUGGGCAAAAACCUAUCUUUUGGUGGAUGAAAAACUGUAUGAUCAGAUAAGUCUGCCAUUCAAUACAGCAUUUGGAGCAGAUACAGAAGGUUCUCAGUGGAUUGUUGGCUACCUCUUAGAAAAAGUCAUCAGUAACCUUGCAGUAUGGAGUAGUGAGCAGGAUCUUGCGAAUGAUACUGUACAAUUACUGGUUACAUUGGUGGAAAGAAGAGAAAGGGCAAACUUAGUAAUUAAAUGUGAAAAUUGGUGGAAUUUAGCAAAACAGUUUGCUAGAAGAAGCCCGCCUCUUCACCUCUUAUCAAGUUCUGUGCAGAGAACACUUAUGAAGGCUUUAGUUUUAGGAGGUUUUGCUCAUAUGGACACAGAUACAAAACAGCAGUACUGGACGGAGGUUCUACAGCCACUUCAGCAAAGAUUCUUGAAUGUGAUAAAUCAAGAAAAUUUUCAGCAAAUGUGUCAAGAAGAAGAGGUCAAACAAGAGAUAACUGCCACAUUAGAGGCACUGUGUGGCAUUGCUGAGGCUACUCAGAUUGAUAAUGUAGCAAUCCUCUUUAAUUUCCUGAUGGAUUUCCUUACCAAUUGCAUUGGACUGAUGGAGGUUUACAAAAACACCCCGGAAACUGUUAAUCUCAUAAUAGAAGUCUUUGUUGAAGUUGCACAUAAACAGAUUUGCUAUCUGGGAGAGUCCAAAGCUAUGAACUUGUAUGAGGCCUGCCUCACUCUGUUGCAAGUGUAUUCCAAGAAUAAUUUAGGUCGGCAGCGGAUAGAUGUUACAGCAGAAGAGGAACAAUAUCAAGAUCUUCUUCUCAUUAUGGAACUUCUUACUAAUCUUCUGUCAAAAGAAUUCAUAGAUUUCAGUGAUACAGAUGAAGUAUUUAGAGGACAUGAGGCAGGACAAGCGGCAAACAGAUCUGUGUCAGCAGCAGAUGUUGUUUUAUAUGGUGUAAACCUAAUUUUGCCUUUGAUGUCCCAAGAUCUUUUAAAGUUUCCAACCCUAUGUAAUCAGUACUAUAAAUUAAUUACAUUUAUCUGUGAGAUCUUUCCUGAGAAAAUUCCACAGCUUCCUGAGGACCUAUUUAAGAGUCUAAUGUACUCCCUAGAACUGGGAAUGACAUCAAUGAGUUCUGAGGUUUGCCAGCUUUGUCUGGAGGCCUUGACUCCAUUAGCUGAACAAUGUGCAAAAGCACAAGAAACAGAUUCACCACUCUUUGUAGCAACAAGACACUUUCUUAAGCUGGUCUUUGAUAUGCUGGUAUUGCAAAAGCACAACACAGAGAUGACAACUGCAGCAGGCGAGGCAUUCUAUACAUUAGUGUGUUUGCAUCAGGCUGAAUAUUCAGAAUUGGUUGAAACUUUACUGUCAAGUCAGCAAGAUCCAGUCAUUUACCAGAGAUUAGCAGAUGCCUUCAAUAAGCUUACUGCAAGCAGCACUCCUCCCACGCUGGACCGUAAACAGAAGAUGGCCUUCCUAAAGAGUUUAGAAGAAUUUAUGGCAAAUGUUGGUGGUCUCCUUUGUGUAAAAUAAACAACAAAACUAUAUGCUUAAUUUAGACCCUUUCUGCAAAAUGCACUGAAAUGAAAGUUGACUUAAGUCAUUUUUCCUGUUCGUGGGUUCUUUGGCCAUUUUGGAUUUUGAAGAGCCUGAAAGUUUGUUAUGUAAAUCAGUGACACAGGAGAGGUCAACUUGGAAUCAGCUUCUGCUACUAUGUGUUAGCUACAAUCUGUCAUAUGUGUUGUAGAAAAUGAAUGGCAAUUUGAAAUUUUCAAAAUGAAAUUCCAUAUAUGUGCAAACAGAUAUGGCACCAUGAAAUAUAUAUUCAGUGCCUUUUUCCCCGUUUGUCUAAACAUAAAUGGCCAGAUAAAGGUUAGAAUUUUUGUUACUGAAAACAUUUUAGAUGGAGUAUUCUGUAGACAUUCAAAACUCUACCUGGUUUUAUUAUUAUAAGCUUUAUUUUUUCCUCUCUGAAGAUUGAGUUCACGAUCCAGUGGGGGGAAAAACAUCACCAAAUGUUGGGCUUAUUUUUUAACUUCUGUGUUUUAUUUGUUUUGUUUUCCUGCAUCAACCCAAUGUUACAGGUUUAUGUAAUACGGGUUUUUAUUUUUUCUGGUGCCUGAGAUUCAGGAGAAAAAAAGUUGUAUGUUUUGUUCCCUAAAAAGAACUUUAGGAACUGUAGCCAUUUCAUUGCCUUAAUUUUUAAAAAGGAAUACAGAAAGAGCAGGCAUUUUGGUAAAAAUGCAAGUUUUGACGCUUCAACAAUUGGUUUAGGUUGUUAGCUGCUGUCUCCCUAUUUCUCCUUUUGAUAGUAUGUAUUUCUGUAAACAUGAGUCAAUGAAAGGUUCAUGUGUAGUCUAUUUAAAGUUUGUUUUAAUCCAACUACAUUGCACACAGCUAUAACAAUCUACACUGAAUAGUUUGCUUAAGCAAUAACAAGUCAAAAGGGUAUAAGUUAUUGAUUUAUACAAACUAUAAUUUAAGUUGGGGCAUUAGAGGCAAUAAUUAUGCUAGGCUGGGAUGUUGUACUCUUUUCAUCAGGAGCCACAUAAAUUUGAUUUCAAAAGUCAAAACUACACUGUUAAAUGCUCUACUAUUUCCCACUUAUGUUUCAUAAUCAGGGACUUGCUUUCCAGUGCUGCCAUGCUCUCUUUAGUUCUGUGUGCCAGCUUAAAUAUUGAAAAUGACCAUGUUUUAACAAGCCACAAGCAUACUGAUCAGUCUGAUCUACAACAAGAAUGUAGCAAACUGUGAGGAUAGACUGUAUAGUCCUGUACUAUGAGCACAAUUGCAGUUUUUGAUAGGGAGGGAGGGAUUUGUCCUUCCACUGUGUUCAACAUUUGUGUGCUGUGGAAUAAUUUCUGUAUAGUAUAUCCACUUUUUAUUCAGUUGUGUGUAGUAUCACAUUUGUAACUCUGUGCCAUCUUUAUCAGUUCAUCUCAACGCAGUUACAGUCAACUAAUCGCUAGCAUCUAAAUUCUCUCCAACCCAUGCAUGUGAUAUGAAUUCAAGGGCAAAGUGCCAUCACUCUUUUGAGAUACCUUUUUCUUAAUUUAAUACAUUAUUAAAUAAAAGCUGGGCUGGAGUAAACCUUAUCUUAAAGGCUGUUAACAUAAAUCAUUUUUAGAAAAAAAAAUUCAAUUGAUAUGGCCUCUUUCCAUAUCUUAAAAUAUUUUCAAUAAGACUUAUUAAAAUGUGAAGCUAUUUUUAGAUUUCCUAAAAUCCCAUUUUCAUCCUUCAAGAUGUUAGAUUGUUGCUAUGUAUAUCAGUAUCCAUCUUAUUUUGCAUUGGUUUUCUAUUUUUCUUUUAACUAAUGACCUCAGUUUUCCAACCCUUCUUGGGCUUGAUAGUUAGAGAUGUACAUCCAUCUCCUUGCAAAAGGUAUGGCAAUGUAAAUUGUUGCUUUAAUAGUUGGCUGGCAGGAGCUGGAAUGAAAAUCAAGUUGGAAAAAUAAUUAACAGUAAUUUGGUUGAGUGAAAAGCAUUUUAAUGAAUAAAUGACAUUUAUAUUUAAUAAAA